AUGGCUGAACCGCCCCGGCGAUUCAAGGCAUUGGGGCUGAACGAGGAUGAUUUCUUAAAAAACUACCGGGAAAAAAUCGUGCGGAGCUUCAUGAAUCCUACUCCGAAUUACAUGCCCCGAAAGGGCUGGUUCGAGAAGAAGUUGGUGACGGAGAAGUUGUGGCCUUCGAAUGUCACGGCCAGCGAGAUGGAAUCCUUCCUGAACUGGGCAGCAAAAUGCGUCCACGGCAAAAAGAAGGGUGUCUGGAGGACAAGGGCAGACGCACAAUCGAGCUGCUGUAUCGGAAUCAGUCCUCAGCUGGAGAACAAACCUCGGGAGUUCGUACUGACAGAACCAGACCCGUUGCAACCAGACGAGUUCUUGCUACAUGUGGCUUCAGCUUUCAGUCCCAAAGAUGAGAUAUGGCGGCUUCGCAAGCAGGCUUGCCCAAUUUGGCCCAUGGCCAUCAAGGCAGACGUGUUUUCAGAUCUUUGCAACACUGCUUUCAGUGCGUAUGUGCGCAGAGGUUAUAUGCUGCCAGCUUUCGUGGGGAAAAAUCCGGACAUCAUCCAAUUGAGCGAAGAGCUCAAAGAGGAGCUGAAGAAGUGCUCUUCCAAGCUUGAUGCAUGGCUGAAAGCCCAGAUAGCCCAGAAGGCAGAGGUGCCGGAAGAGAUGGAGGAAGAGAAGGAGGCCAAGGAGCCAUUGUCGCAAGCUGCGCCGCCCCGUGCAGCAUACCCAGCCAAGAAGGAAGCUGUCAUCCCAGAUCGGCAAGCUGGUGGCGCCGAGCAGGCACGUGAGCGCGCAUGGGCAGAUUCUCCAACAAGGGAAGGCUGGGAAGACCGGGUUGAGGAACCUUUGCGGCGUUCCUCCACAAGCCGCUUGGACAUGCCCAAGUUGGCGCGUUGGGUGCUGCAGGUGAACGAGCCUCACAUCCAACAGCUCUUUCCGCGCGGCAAAUCUUCAGCUUCCUGCUCGGAAGAUGAAUGUGCCGUUAUACGCGAGUACCUCAAGCAAAAUGUCAUUGUGCUGCAGACUCUGGUUUCGCUUGGCGAGCAGAAUGGUAUGGGCUUCCCUGUUCCCGUCAGCUCCUUAAUAUGCCACCCUACACUGGGCUUGGCCGAAGCGUGCGUGGAAUGCACCUAUGCCCCCAAGGGGGUACCGCAGUGUGUGCUUACCUGCUUCCCCCAUUGGGGAGUAAAUGGGUGCCCCCAUGGCGAGAGGUGCAGUCGUUUGCACAUGGACCGCGAGGAUGCUUUGAAGUCGUACCGCAGGUUGCAAUGUCGCAACCACUGGUAUGAUGACAUCGACCCACGGCACGGUCCGUUCCCGUGCCCCAAGCGUUGUCCUUAUGCCCACAGCCGGAAGGAACUCAGGCCUGAGAUCCCUGCUGGGUUCAGCCUUGCUGAUCUCCUUCCUGGCGUUCCUCCUCUGGUUAAAGUACUAAUAGACCAGCGUGAGGAAGAGAUCACCUCGAGCGCAAUUGCAGCAACCGCCGGUGCUUUACGUGUCCUCCGGGGCGGUCGCUUGCUAAAGUGCUCAGAGCAGCGCAACUGCAAAUAUUUGACCCACAUGAUUUGCGACUAUGCGCAUCCCUGUGCUGAGUCGUCUCCGUUGAUUCGAUCCGGUGCUGGAGGCCGUGACGGCCCAGAAAGGGCCACCGGCCACACUGGAGAAGAGCGGAACAAACAAGGCAAUCUGCAAGAUGAAGCAGAUGAAGCGUCAGCCGACCCGGAAGUUUCUGAGGAUGACGACGAGAACUCAAUGCCUCCUGGUCAGGAGACCCGGGAGGUGCAAGCGCAGGAGACUAUCAAGCAUGUUCUCCAGCAGGCAGCCGUGCCAGACCUCUUGGAGUACAGGAAAAUGUACUUCGAUGGCACGCCGCCGUACGAUGACGCCGAGUUUGAGAGCUUCUAUUGGGAAUCCAUCCCCACCAUCAGGGACCAUUGGAAAGAGCAUGUCAAGGGAACCAUUUUCUACUCCAAGGUGCCAGAAGAUCACCCUCGGUACGUCAUCCUGUGGCAAUGUUGCUUGGGAACCGGAACAAGCGUAAAGGGCGUGUACUUGGGCUUCGACCUUCUGAGCAAGCUUCCAGUGGCCAUCAAAGUCUUCAAACCUGAUGCUGAGAAGGUCUUGGGUGUCGAAGGCAUUGAGAGGGAGACCAGCUUCAUGCGCCAGCGGAAGGGCCUGCGCACACUUGUCGAUUUCAUUGCCUUGCUGGAGCUGGUGGAUCCCUUCAGUGAUGUGGUAAACAGCAAAAGCCGUGCCAUAGUCAUGGAGUGCCUCAAUUCUCAACUUGCUGGAGUGCUUCCUCUGUGGAAGGAGUAUCGUGGCAAGUUUGAGCAUGUGUUCUGGCUGCAAAGCUUCGGAAAGAACCUGCUACAAGCAGGGCUUGAAGUCACCCAUGUGCCGGACGUCUCAAACAACAUCUUGGUGCACCGUGACAUCUCUCCUCGCAACAUCAUGAUUGACGUCUUUGGCAACAUCAAGUUUAUUGAUGUGGGGGUGUCCCGCCUUCUGGCAGCCAAGCAUGCUCAGCACGGCCGGACUGUGAUUGGAGCUUCCAUAGACAAUGGCUUUGUGGCGCCCGAGAUGCUUAUGCAGAUGCAAAGUCCCAACAACGAAGCGAGCUACAGCUACUCUGUUGACAGCGAUGUCUACUCCCUGGGCAGGACCAUGCUGUCCCUGAUGAUUUGCACAAUGGAGAACAUCAGUUGUCUAAAGACUGUGAAGGAGCAGGUCUCCGAGUUUCAGGAAGCAGCUCCCCAUAGUGGCUGGCUACUGGGGGACUUGAUCAAACGCAUGACGAAGAAGGUGCCCUCGGAGCGCCUUUCGCUGGCCGAUGCGCUGCGCCAUCCCUUCUUCUGGUCGAGUGACACAUGCAUCUCCUUCAUUGCCAACGUGGGAAGCUGGCUGCAAAAUCUUUCUGAGAACGACCACCAGAAACAGAAGGCCAAGAUUACCGAAGCCCUUGGUGAAGCUUACGAAUCAGCCCGCACGUCUGGCCUGCACGCCGAAGAUGGUCAGAACGUUGCGAGUGAUGGCAGGGGCUGGUGGAAACUAUUUGGAGACAGCGCAAAUCGGUUCCGGGCCGAAUACCUACCGUUAGGGGGGGCGUACGAUGACGCGAGAGGCUGGAUUUCUCUUCUGACCAUGGUGCGAGAUCAUGCUCCAGGCCAUCACCAGAAGUUCUUGAUGGAGCCCGAUUCGUCUAUGCUCCUCGACUAUGUUCCCUUCUUGACGGCUUGUCUGUGGAAGUGCGUGGCUGAAAACCACCGAAAGCAUCCCAACUUCCGCUUUGUGUUUCAGUGA